UUAAAGUAAAUGUCAAAUUCGUCUAGUCAUUCAUAAAUUAAUUCCUGAGACAAUUUGCUUUAUAGAAUACAAUUUUAAAACUAAAACAUGAUCAACAAUUACUUACACUUACAAUAACUCCAUACACCCAUUUUCUUUGGACAGAAAAUCAAAAUAAUCAUAUCGUAUAGCCUACAAUGCAUUCAUAUUUUAUGGAUUUAGAAGCUUUUUUCAACAUCCGGUGCUUGUAUCACAACACAAUAGAAUAUUAAAUAAACAUGCAAUAUGUAACGAGAUAAUAUAAAUGAUAGUGGUAUUAUACUUACUUAAUUGAAGCCUCUUUUACCUUGCGGUGUAGAGUUUACGAGAGAUUUCCAUCUAUCACGAUCCUGCACUAAACGGCCAAUCACUCUCCAAUCACCACCCCAAGAGCUUCCAAAUUUCUCCGGAGGUCAUCAGUCAAUCUUUUCCUCGGUCUUCCGUCUCGCCUUCUUCCCUCUGCCUUACAUUCCCAUAUUAGUUUUGUUAGCCUCUCCUCGCCCAUCCUUAUUGCGUGGCCCAGCCAUCUAAGCUGCUCUUCCUCUAUCCUCUGAGUGAUUGGAUUAGAGUUGACCACAGCUCUUAUAGCCUGAUUACUCAUAGUGGUAUUAUAACUAUAUCUUAUUGUAGGAUAUACAGAUUUAUAUUCAACAAAAAACCAUAAUUUAAGCUAUAUUACUUCAACUAUACAUGAUGUGAACAUGAUGUGAGCUAUUGCUAAGGUGACAUUCAGUGCCAGUGAAACCGAUUUAGUUUGAAUUUGGGCUUGCAUAAGUGCGGCAAUUGAAGAUGUCGGGUGAUACGUCAGGAGACAUCAGGGGGGCGGUGGAGGGGCGUGGCAAGGCCUCGGACAUCCUGAAGGCGUCAAGUGACACCGAAUUCUUGCACAGCUUCCUGAGGGUGGACGAUGGCGACGAGGCGCGUGACGAGGGCACAGACAGUGACAAGCGCAAGGCCAAGCGCAGGGCCGCCAUUCAGAAGGACAAGGACAGGGAAGAGGAGAAGAAGAGAGAGAAGGCGGCCCAAGCGUCCUCGCAAGUGAAGGAGACCAAAGAGAAGGACAAGCGACGCAAAGAGGAGCGCGCGAGAACCCCCACCCCGCCACCGGCCGGACCGGCGACUUUCUCGCAGCUGAGCAGGGAGAUCAAAAUGAAGCAGAAGCAGAGUGUGAAGAGCAUAAGGGGCAAGAAGGUGAAGAUACGCAGACAGGAGGAGAUCUACACGGACAAGGACCGAGCGGCAGCCGUCAACCUGGGCAGUCGCGACAUCAAGCAGUCGCUGAAGAUGAAGCGGCGCCAGGACCGCAGUCGCUCGCUCAUGAUCCCCGAGGAGGCCGAGCCUGGCACUCUACUAGCUCUCGGCAGCCACGAGCUCAGGGCCGGCCAUGUGCCCGUCGCUAUCAAUUUCGUCAACAAGGCGUUGGAGUUGAGCCCUAACGACAAGAACGCUCUAGUGGCCCGAAGCAAGUGUUAUCUUCUCCUGGGAGAACCUCACCUGGCUCUAGAAGAUGCAGAAACAGCACUAUCACAGGAUAAAACAUUCAUUAGAGGAAUAUAUCAGAAAGCAGAAGCCCUCUACCAUUUGGGAGAUUUUGAACACAGUCUUAUGUUCUAUCACAGAGGACUGCGGAUUCGUCCAGAAUUGGAGGGAUUCCGUUUAGGAGUUCAAAAGGCACAAGAAGCUAUAGAGAAUACCAUAGGAAGUAAGAUUAUGUCAAGUGCUGCGCAAAAGGGAGAAAGAGCUUCAAUUUCACUAACCAACAAACCACAAUCGGAUAAAAGCGAUUCGGAUAAGUUGAAGGAUCUGAUUAAUUCCAGUCCGAACAUUCCAAGCUCUGGAAAAAGGUCAGAGCCUGGAAGUGCGAGUACAGUACGAUCAGCAGCCAUCAACAAUGCCAGCAAAUAUAUUCCUGGCAGCAAUGUUAACAAAUUGAAAGAAGAGUAUGAGCGAAAGAAAAAUGACAGACAUUUGUUAGGAGAUCUUUCAGUAGACAAACAUUACUUGGAGGAAUUACUCAAACAACCAGAUUUAAAAGGGAUAAAUGAUGAAUCAAAAAGUCAAAUAGAAAUAUUCGCCGAAGAAGGAGUAGCAUUCUUGAAUAAUAGGCAAGAGUUCUGGAGACAACAACGACCAAAAGCAAUAGCCAAGUCAAAGAAAAAAGAUAAGAAUAAUUGAAAAUCAUCUUCAAUCCAACAGUAACACGUAUUAUUGUUGUAUUAUUUGUAUAAAUUGUCACCUAUUGUCAGACUAUUAUUAAAGUUUGAAGUUAUA